AUGUCCAGCCAGGCUAGCUUGUAUUUGGCAUGCGGACCUCUUCUGCGAUUCACUGGCAUUUAUAAACAGUUAGAGUCAGGGGAUCUGCACCUUGCUAGCGAAUCCGAUGGGGAAGUCUGGCGAGGCAGUAUCAUGAUUGUCACUGCGGACGCGAACUCCUCGUACGAAACAUCUCCGACACUCUCGGUCUUCAAACAACCAGCCGGGCAAGAUGCGUCCACCGCCUCGCUGGUCAAACUAUCCAGGAGAGGAAAGGUGCUACAAAUAAAGCCACCUGAGCUUCUUGAAAGAAAGGAUAUUUCAAUCAUAGAAAAUGGUGGUGGCUUGUUCGUUGAGCCGAGUGCCGUUCCUUCAGGCGACGGAAGCGUCGACAGCGAAAACAGCCGAGCUUUACCCGGCACCACAAAAGAAGACCAGAUCGACGAGAUCAUAAGUACACGCCUACACGCAGAACAAGGCCAUACAUUCUGGAAAUUCGAUCUUCAGAUUGAGCUGUCUUCCUACGAAGCCAGAAUCGGCUACCGAAUCAGCGGCGGCCCUAUAGUCCACUUCUGGAUUCCAGCGAGAGGGCAGCCGAUGAACAUCAUGUUCCACUCCUGCAACGGGUUUUCCCUUGGAGUAGAUACUGACCUGUAUUCUGGACCUGACCCACUAUGGCGCGAUGUUCUGCGAAGCCACCAGACUCGCCCGUUCCACGUCAUGAUCGGAGGUGGUGACCAGCUAUACAACGAUGAGUGCACGGUCAAGACUCAUUAUUUCAAGGAAUGGCUCCGGAUGAAAAAUGGACACUAUAAACGUUCUACACCGUUCAGCCAAGAGAUGCGAGAUGAGCUAGAGGAGUUCUUCCUAAAGCACUACACAACAUGGUUUUCCCAGGGUCUCUUCAGCGUGGCGAAUGCUCAUAUUCCCAUGAUAAACAUCUGGGACGACCACGACAUAAUCGACGGUUUCGGCUCGUAUCGGCACCGGACUAUGGAUUGUCCUGUCUUCGCGGGCCUCGGCGUUACGGCAUUCAAGUUCUACAUGCUUUUCCAGCAUCAGACCCUGCCGGGUACGGAGGAUCAGGAGCGCAGCUGGGUGCUCGGAGCCCAGCCAGGACCAUAUAUUAAGGAGUUGAACAGAAGCCUGUUUAUGUUCCUUGGGGCCCAAAUUGCGUUCCUUGGGUUGGACUGUCGGACGGAGAGAAUGCGAAAGCGGAUCCUGAGUGACGACACCUGGAACUUGGUAUUUGAACGAUGCAGAAGAGAGAUCCAAAGGGGCGAGACAAAGCAUUUGAUCGUCCUUCUCGGUGUGCCAAUUGCCUAUCCCCGUCUCACUUUCAUUGAGGAUGUCUUGAGCUCGAGGGCACUUGCACCCUUGAAAGCCUUGGCGCGAAGUGGGAUUUUGCCACACAAACUCCUCAAUAAGUAUGAUGGCGGUGUUGAGAUCCUCGAUGAUCUAGACGACCACUGGACUGCGAGGCAUCAUAAAAGAGAAAGGACGCAGUUCAUCAAGCGGCUGCAAGAACUAGCUGCGGAAAAGUCAGUUCGAGUGACCAUACUAGGAGGUGACGUUCAUCUUGCUGCCUUCGGCCGAUUCUAUAGCAACAGGAAGUUGGCCAUUCCGCCGAGUCAAGAUUUUCGCUAUAUGGUGAAUGUCACCUCCUCCGCCAUUACCAACAGACCACCUUCGGAAACUAUGGCAUAUAUCAUCGGCCGCUUUGGCAGGACGCGCCACGUCGACCACGACACUGAAGAAGAUAUGAUUCCUAUGUUUGCGAAGGACGUUGACGGUACAACACGUCGCAAUGCUCGCCUCCUCCCGCGGCGUAAUUGGUGUUCCAUCAGUGGGUACCUCCCUGGAGGCACGAGGUCCUUAGAUGAUGAGCAAUCCGGAGUCAAACGCGCUUCGGAGCAAGAUCUCACUGGCGGCUUGACUAUCCACUUGAACGUGGAAACAGUGCGUGGACACCCCGCUGGUAAUACUACGACAUACCCACUGGACAUUCCUCUCCUCAAUUAUCGUCCCAGUGAGGGCAACUGA